AUGUCUCUUGCAAAAGAUGAAGUGGCUGCUGCUGAACUAAAAAAGAAACGAACUUUCAAGAAGUUUACUUAUCGUGGAGUCGAUUUGGAUCAACUGUUAGAUAUGAGUCGAGAUCAGUUGGCAAAAAUGUUGCCAUGUCGUGCGCGUAGACGUUUAUCUCGUGGUUUGAAGCGGAAACAUUUGACAUUUCUCAGUCGCCUAAGGAGAGCAAAAAAAGAAGCUGGUUUGCACGAAAAGCCAGCUACAGUUAAGACGCAUUUACGUGAUAUGAUUGUGCUACCUGAAAUGGUUGGAUCAGUGGUUGGAGUAUAUAAUGGAAAAGUUUUCAAUCAGGUUGAAAUCAAACCAGAAAUGAUAGGCUACUAUUUGGGGGAAUUCGCUAUUACUUAUAAGCCUGUGAAACACGGACGACCAGGUAUCGGUGCGACUCACUCCUCUCGAUUCAUCCCGCUUAAAUGA